ACCCGCAUGCUCUCUCCAUAAAUAGAGAGAAGAGAAGAGAAGAGAAGAGUAGAGCUCCUUGCGUCCUCAACCGCAUCAGUCUCGGCAGCAGCGCUUUCCUUUUCUCCGCCCCUUUAUCGUCUCCGGAGGACGACAGCAGCAGCGGCGGCGGCGACGAUGGUGACGCUAGUGGUGGCGACGACCGCAGACCCCGCCUCGGUCGGCCCUGCCUCCGCCUUCCUCGCAAUGCCCGGCUGGAACCCCGGCCCCUCCCUCUCCGAGGGGAUGGAGAGCUUCGCGAAUGGGGAUGUGAGGCUGUUGAAGCACGAGAACAGCAUCGUGGCGGAGGACGACCUGGACCGCCGCUGGGAGGUCGCCACAGGAGAAUCUGUCACGGAGGUCAUCUUCCUCAGCCGCCACACCGCCGUCUCCAACCGCCCCGCCCUCACCGUGCAUCCCAUCGGCGUGCCGCACCUGCGGGACGACGAGAUCCCGCCGCAGGGAGGGCGCCCUGGCUGGGCUGCCCUGCCCAACCCUCGGAUCGGCCCCUGGCUCCGGCUACUCAAGAAGAUCGCCGAUUCCCUGGGUCUCCUUCCGGAGUUCGAGGUUACUCUGGAGGCAACUCAUCAUGGACCUGUAGUUAAUACGCCAACCUUGUUCUUGGAGAUAGGAAGCACAGCAGAGUACUGGGGUAGGCAAGAUGCUGCUCAAGCUAUAGCUCUACUCAUGUGGGAAGGACUUGGCCUUGGAGGAGGUGGUAGUGUGGGAGAGUGGAAAGGGAACAAUGGUAAAAAUAAAGUCCUUCUGGGAAUAGGAGGCGGUCAUUAUGCUCCUCGCCACAAUGAUAUCGUUGUAAAAGAUGGUGUAUGGGUCGGCCACCUUCUAUCAGGAUAUUCUUUACCGAUGGAAGAUCCUAACCAGAAAAAGGUAAAAGCAAGUGAGAAAACCAUCGGUGGAACCUGGAAACAAUCAAUCAAAGUUGCAUACGAGGCUACUGUAUCAGCUUUUCCAGGAGGAGAAGUUCUAGCACAUCUAGAUCACAAGAGCUUUAAGGGCUGGCAGAAGAAUGCCAUUACAAGCUUCUUGGCAGAGCAGAACAUAAAGAUCGGAAAACCUGAGGACUACUUUUAAUAUGCCAUAGUUGGAAUGCAAAGAAUUGGACCUUUUUACCCCAUUAUAUGCCUGAUAAUAUUGAGGUUUAUAAGUCCAGCCCUAUUCUUCUUCAUGUGAUCACAGUGUAAGAUUAAGUUAUGGUUUCAAUGAGUGAUAUUUUAAGGAUUACUAAAGUUGCAAUUCAUUUUCAUCUUUGC